CCGCCCCCCACAUACGCCAAUGCCUGGCCAGAGCACUCCGCCCCUAAACACCGCAGAGAAAAAGCUCCCUUCCCUCGGCACCUUUGAUCUCGACCUCCAUGGCGCCUCCUAUGCCCGGAAUCCACGACAAGCCACCGUCAACGAGGAGAAUGACAGUCGGCGAAGUAAAAGCAACGCAUCGUACACGGGCAACGUUGCGCAGCCAUCAUCGCCCGCAGUGCUUUCCAGCUCACCAAGCACCAUCUUGUUCUCUCCUCUGAGCAGAUUCCCAUACACCACAACAAAUCAUUCUUCCUCUAAACUGACCGGCUCCACUACUUCUAUCCUUCGUAACCACAGCACAGCAACUUUGACCAAUCUUGGAUGUCCUUCGAUACCCAGCUUGGGAACAUUGUCCCAAUCAGCAAGCCCCUCCGAGGCCCAAGAAACGCCAAUCUCGAAGCGGAGAAUCAUGUUCAGGCAACCAUCGUCUGCCUCUUCCUCUCCAACUUGCUCAGAACAUAAUCAGGUGCCCAUUCAACGAUCUAUGCCCAAUACACCGAGCAGCGACCGUGAAACGGGCACAAGCUUUCUCCCGCUAAGUAAAAAAAAGUCAUCAGGCCAGCUGCUCAUGGGAAUCCGUAAGGAGCUCAACAGGGUCGGCAGCGUAAUGCGACGCCAUAAUACAGCAGAUGGAGGCAGUGGGUCAGCAAGUUCGAGGCCAGUGGAGAGCGUCAUAAAAUCGGCUGCCAACGCGGGGACUUGGAGAAGGAAGAAGGGUAAAAUCAGGGACGCACAUUGCAAAGCAAGUGAGAAGAAUAGCCCGGGGACAAAGAUGACAGAAAAAGAAGGAGAUGCUGGUAUUGGGAGACCCUUCAAUGUCGAGCAUGACCUCCAUGUCUCUCCCGACCUAUCGGACCUUCCUCCUGCCUGGGUGACAGCGCUCAGAUCCCAGGGUAUGUCUGAAUCCGAUUUUUUGUUGAUCACUGCCGCCCGUCAGCGCCAGCGCCAAAAUACCCAUCCUCUUCCUCGCCACCAUCAAGACAAGAAUGAUGACUUUUUUCGCGCACCAUUCUCUGCCCCCGCGGCAAUGCUUGAAAAGCCCCUCGGUCACGGGUAUGCGACAGAUAGUCAGAGCUCAAAAGCCAGUUCAACUGGGGUGCUGAAAAAGUUCUCAUUCGAGGAGAUGGGUCCUGGCCUUUCUUCACCUUCACCUAUCACGCUUAUCACGACUACAGGGCUGGGUAAAGUGCGAUAUACCAACCACACCCUUUUGAAGGACCACCCAUUCUCGUCAGAGUCCGAGUCCGAGGGCCCCGCAUCUGAUUUACCCAGUACUGCAGAGCCCCGUUCCCUGAGCCCUAAUCGUACUCACGCCAGAGGUGGAACCGACUCCUACCCCGUCAGUGCCACUGAAUCUGAUACCGAAUCCUCUCCCCUCACUCAUCCACCUCUUCCCCACUCUCAUUCACAUCAUGAACCGCUCCUUCCCACGCCGUCCCCGCCAUCGAAAAGGCUGUCUGCUCAGUUGCGACGGUUCAAGGGACUCAGAAUUGGCAUAGAUCAGGAUGAAGAAGAUUGGGGAAAAAGCAUCUUGUUUGCAGUUAUGGAUAGCGAAAGAGAGAUAGCUGGUAGUGAGACGUCGAGUAGUGGGUGGGAAAUGUGUGAACCGAUCACGCCAAGGGGUAUACCACCUGUAUCACAUAAAACGAAAACCGAUCUGCAUCCAGGGAAUCUGCCAACCCCUAUGUCAGAUGAUGGCGGGAGACUCAAAGAUGAAAACGAGACCCUACAGAGUCCUCCUCCGCACCACACGCCGAUCUUGUCCUCUCCUAGUCCUUCCCGACAGAGUCUGCUCGGUUCAACUUGUCCAUCAUCUCUUCCCUCUUCCUCAAAAGAACAUUACGGGUUUUCCCAUUCGCCUCUUCCUCCGUUCAGGCCGCGUCACACCCCUUCGGGAUCGUCCAUUACGAAAUCUAGCUCAUUGGUUGAUGCCGAGCUUCUGGAGAUGAAGGUGAAUCUGCUGACCCCUUCGCCGUCGUUGAAUAAGUACAGGAAUGAGUAUGGGUCUGUGGCGGAAGAGAAGUAUCGGAUGCGCGGCGAGGAUGUUCAUGUUUCACUAGACUUUGACUCUGAACCCGAUCAGCAUGAGCGUGAGCGUGAUGGCUCUUUGGAAACCAAACCCACAUCGUCUAUCGCCAAACCGUCCCAUGAAGGACUACCAAAACAUUCAACCUUGCAAAUGCAAACGCCUUCUUUACCGGCAAUAGGAAUGAGUCCUUUGGAGAUGAAUGCGAGUCGUUUCGGAAGAUCGCCCGUUUCGCCCGGCAUCUUUGGAAAAAGUUUUGGACAAGUGCAAGGACAGAAGAAUAAGAGGGAGUAUGGCAACAUUGACAUGAAAGAAGACAACAAGGACGAGAAGGAAAUAAAUGUGCUCAGUAAUACUAUACCACUCUCCCCAUCGCCUUCAUACUCUCCCCUGCCCUCCUCCCCUCCUGUUUCCCCAUUCAAUCAACACCCACCGCCCCGCACAUCGUCUCUGUCCCUUUCUCAAUCACAUCAUUUCCGUCCUCAUGACUCCCUUCCCGUCUCUGCGCACACCGAUUCACAUUCUUCUUUGCUAUUCAACUCUCCAUCUCAAGAGAAUGUUCUUGGUGAUAUGGGUCGAACAUCAUUGGCACUCAGUAUGCAAUCUGAUAUAACUUGGCGUACGAGUCGAACGAGCUAUACCGCUCAUAGUCUACGGUCGUGGGAGCCCGUGGGAGAAGCGACCGUUAGGGUAGUGGCCUACAAGGGACUGGUACCCCGACCGGGUUCUCGUCUGUGGUCGGACCAGGAUCAUCGGCAGGGCGGUGGGGAACGGUCGCGUACUCCUAAUAGCCCGAUGGAACAAUUAACCGACCCGGAUAUUCAUCCAUCACCAUUGCCGCCGUCCCCAUCUCCCUAUCGCCCGCAAAAACGGCCAGAAAGUGGGGGUCAUAUUGAGUCUCUCCCUGCGCACUCCGUUCUGGUUCAUGUGGAUGUUGGGUAAGAAGGUCAUGGCCAUGGCCAUGGGUACGGUGAUUUGGGCGGCGAGGUGGAAUGCAGUACGAAUCCUAGUUUGAACUUUGCAAGUCGUGCGAAUGAGACAUAAUCGGUACGAGGAGGGUAUUGGGAAUGCGCUGGAUUCGCUGGACGCGCCUGGCGAGGCGGUGGAAAUGAUUGUCCGAGCAUGAGGGGAUGUUUUAACAAGUGUUUCAUGUUUCGGUAUAGAUUGUGGGACAUUUAUUGUAUUUUGCCUUACGACGCCAUGACCCUAACGCGUUGAUGCCUAGAAAGUGAUAUGCUACUACUAUAUACAAACUGCAUAAGCACUUUGUUGCUGAGCGGCUCGUGAACAACCGCGGCCCCUUACUACUGUCCUCUUUUUUGCUCUCGCACGUACUCUACAAAAUCGUCAAUCAUUGAGGGCCAAGCUCCAUCCUCGUCAUACUCUUUGAAAUCCUUGUCGAUACCCCUGGCGAAAUCGACCAACAGGGCCCAGGUGUCUUUGGAGACGGCCUUGUUCUUUUGCUGCAUGAAUUCGAUCCAGAGGUCGAACUCUGGCUGAGUGAAUUGGGGCGGUGAGUUGUCGGGGAGGUGGGAGAGGGCAGAGGGGGAGUGGUUGAAAGCAGGAGGGAAGAAGAGUGUCCAUAAGUCAAUAGCUGGAGUAAAGAACUAAAUCAGCAGGAGAGUUUCUCACAAG